AUGCGUGAAAUUGUGCACAUCCAGACAGGUCAAUGUGGAAACCAGAUUGGUGCAAAGUUUUGGGAAGUUAUUAGUGAUGAGCAUGGUAUAGAUGCUACUGGUAGCUAUCAUGGAGACAGUGAUCUGCAGCUGGAAAGGAUUCGUGUUUACUAUAAUGAAAUUACUGAGUGCAAAUAUGUACCCCGUGCUAUCCUUGUUGACCUGGAACCAGGAACAAUGGACUCUGUCAGGUCUGGACCAUUUGGCCAGCUUUUUAGACCUGACAAUUUUGUGUUUGGUCAAAGUGGAGCAGGCAACAAUUGGGCCAAAGGUCAUUACACAGAAGGUGCAGAUUUAGUGGAUUCAGUAAUGGAUGUGGUAAGGAAAGAGGCUGAGAGCUGUGACUGCCUGCAGGGAUUCCAGCUCACCCACUCUCUCGGUGGAGGGACUGGUUCUGGUAUGGGCACUCUCCUUAUCAACAAAAUUCGAGAAGAGUAUCCUGACCGCAUAAUGAAUUCAUUCAGUGUCAUGCCAUCACCAAAGGUUUCAGACACUGUGGUUGAACCUUACAAUGCAACACUCUCUGUGCAUCAGCUGGUGGAGAACACUGAUGAGACCUACUGCAUCGAUAAUGAGGCCUUAUAUGAUAUUUGCUUCCGUACACUUAAGCUUACCACUCCAACUUAUGGAGACCUCAAUCACCUGGUAUCAGCUACUAUGAGUGGUGUCACAACCUGUCUUCGCUUUCCUGGCCAACUGAAUGCUGACCUACGGAAGCUAGCAGUCAAUAUGGUGCCAUUCCCUCGUCUUCACUUUUUUAUGCCAGCUUUUGCACCACUGACUAGCCAGGGAAAUCAACAGUAUCAUGCCUUAACUGUGUCAGAGCUAACUCAGCAAAUGUUUGAUGCAAAAAAUAUGAUGGCAGCAUGUGAUCCACGGCACGGAAGAUACCUGACUGUAGCUGCAAUAUUUAGGGGCAGAAUGUCUAUGAAAGAAGUUGAUGAGCAGAUGCUCAACGUCCAAAACAAAAACAGCAGCUACUUUGUAGAAUGGAUUCCCAAUAAUGUGAAAACAGCUGUCUGUGACAUCCCACCACGAGGCCUCAAAAUGUCUGCCACCUUCAUUGGUAAUAGCACUGCAAUCCAGGAACUUUUCAAAAGAAUUUCUGAGCAGUUUACUGCCAUGUUUCGUAGAAAAGCAUUCUUGCACUGGUAUAUCGGUGAAGGAAUGGAUGAAAUGGAAUUCACAGAAGCAGAAAGCAAUGUGAAUGACUUGGUCUCGGAAUAUCAGCAAUACCAAGAUGCAACUGCAGAUGAGCAGGGUGAAUUUGAGGAGGAAGAGGUUGAAGAUGAAGUUUAG